GCCGGUAGGGGCGUGGCCUCCGGAGGGAGGGCUGGUGGAGGGGUCUCAGGAGGGAGGGCCCGAGGGCCGGACCCACAGGGCGACCUUAAAAAUUGCCCGGGGGCCCGCGGCCGCCAGCGGAGCGCGCGGGCGGCAGAGGGCGAGCCGGACACAGUCAGGCUCGGCGGGAUAUGUGGUACAUUCCCUUCCCUCCAGAGAAUCGCCUUCCACAGAAACCAGUAACGUCAUGAAAUCCAAUCCAGCCAUCCAAGCUGCCAUCGACCUCACAGCAGGGGCUGCAGGGGGCACAGCAUGCGUACUGACUGGGCAGCCCUUCGACACCAUGAAGGUGAAGAUGCAGACCUUUCCAGACCUCUACCGGGGCCUCACAGACUGCUGCCUCAAGACCUACUCCCAGGUGGGCUUCCGUGGCUUCUACAAGGGCACCAGCCCNGCACUGAUUGCCAAUAUAGCAGAGAACUCGGUGCUGUUCAUGUGUUACGGCUUCUGCCAGCAGGUGGUCCGUAAAGUGGUUGGAUUGGAUCAGCAGGCAAAACUGAGUGACCUUCAGAAUGCAGCUGCUGGCUCCUUUGCCUCCGCCUUUGCCGCGCUGGUGCUCUGCCCCACGGAGCUUGUGAAGUGCCGGCUGCAGACCAUGUAUGAAAUGGAGACAUCAGGAAAGAUAGCGGCCAGCCAGAAUACAGUUUGGUCAGUUGUGAAGGAGAUCUUUAGGAAGGACGGCCCCUUGGGCUUCUACCAUGGGCUCUCAAGCACUUUACUUCGAGAAGUACCAGGCUACUUCUUCUUCUUCGGUGGCUAUGAACUGAGCAGGUCAUUCUUCGCAUCAGGGAGAUCAAAAGACGAACUAGGUCCUGUGCCAUUGAUGCUGAGCGGUGGAUUUGGUGGGAUUUGCCUGUGGCUUGCUGUGUAUCCGGUGGAUUGUAUCAAAUCUAGAAUUCAAGUUCUUUCUAUGACUGGAAAGCAGACAGGACUCGUCAGGACCUUCCUGAGUAUCGUAAAGAAUGAAGGAAUAACAGCCUUGUAUUCUGGACUGAAACCCACCAUGAUCCGCGCAUUCCCUGCCAAUGGGGCACUGUUUUUGGCCUAUGAGUACAGCAGGAAGUUGAUGAUGAACCAAUUGGAAGCAUGGUGAAGUGUCCUGGUGCGCCUGGAUUCAAGGCAGGCUUUUAGUGACUGGUCAACUCAGGGUUUCAGGGAGUACAAGAACAAUGUAGAAUUAUGUGAAUCAUUGGAACUUUGAACUUGUCUUCCCUUCUUCUAUUCAAAGUCUUGGAUUUUUUGUGGAUGGUCCUCCAUUCUACACAGUAUAAUUUCUGCCUGUUAUUGAACUCAAACAGAAAAGUCCACCCUUGGUAGAGUGAGUGUACAGGGGAACUGGUGGCCUUAUACACAGGGAAUCCAGUGGCCUCAUACACUAGCCUUAUGCACCAGCCUUGUGCAGACUGCCUUCAUUUCAGGACAAAUUCAGNGGAAGUCAGCGGUACACAUGCAAUUUAGAUGGCCCUGUCACCACAGGAAAACAAGACUUUGUUCUGGGUUUAAUUAUAAAUGGUGACCAAUUUUUAGGUAGAUGGUUGUAGAUGAUUGCUUAUAAAUGAUCCUAGGUAGAAGGCUAUUGCUGAAAGCCGCUGGGCCUGCGCACUAAGAGGCUAACUUUAUUUUUUAAACUUUUUGUGGUAUAUUAAAGCUAAAAUAUCCCUCUAUAUUUUUAGAAAAGCUUCUGUGCAAAGUUGUGUGGCUUCUAUGUUCUUGAUGAAGUUUCAGGGUGGAUAUCCCGGAUUUUUCUCAUGACGCUUCUUCCCUCACAGUGCAGUUCAUCUUCUAGGUGGGCUUCUCAUUCUACCCUCUGGUACUGGGAGGUGUGGCUAGAGUGUUAGACCUCUGGAGGGCAGCAGAGGACGCACNGGCUCCUUCUCACUCAGAGCUUCCUCCCUCUGUGCUGCUCCUGAAAGACAGGGACUGCCCUGCCAUGCUCUCUUGAAAACCAACAGAGGUUCUUGCCUGCUCUCAGCAGGAAUCCAGGGUGCUCCUUUGGUACUAGAUCUGAGGCCACUCUGAGCCCACUGUGUCUCUGUCUCCACCAAUCAGACGCCCUUUCAGGGAGCAGAAAGGAAGUCUGGGCUCCCCGCUUUGAUCACAGGGUUCUACUAAUGGAGACAUCCAAAGGAGCCCAUUAGCUAGAUACCCUUUCUGAAGCUCACUUUUGGGUCCAUGAUUCCUUGAUCUGCUUCUGUAUUUGGAGCUGGCAGUUUAUGAAUUUCAAUGACUGUAGAUGAUAUAUAACUUUGGAAAGCAUUGUGACAUAAUAAAGGUAUUUUUAUUAAA